CCUCCCCCCCUGCAUGUCGUACGUUUUCUCCCCCUUCUCCUCCCACCUCCCGUCCCUCUGUCUCUCCCUCUCAUUCGCCCACAUCCUCUCGCUUUCUCCACCAGGCUUCCAACGCUCUGCAGGAUGUCUAUAGUUAAUAUUGUUGCCAGGGAGAUCCUGGACUCCAGGGGAAACCCCACUGUGGAAGUAGAUCUGCACACUAGCAAAGGUGUGUUCAGGGCUGGUGUUCCCAGCGGUGCGUCAACCGGCAUCUACGAGGCUCUGGAGCUUCGUGAUGGAGACAAAACUCGCUACAAGGGCAAAGGUGUAACCAAAGCUGUCGGUCACAUUAAUGACACCCUUGGACCGGCCCUCAUCCAGUCUGGAAUCAAUGUGUUGGAGCAGGAGAAGCUGGACAACAUGAUGAUCGAAAUGGACGGCACUGAAAACAAAUCUAAGUUUGGGGCCAACGCUAUUCUGGGAGUAUCUCUGGCCAUAUGCAAAGCUGGUGCAGCAGAGAAGGGAGUCCCCCUGUACCGCCACAUCGCUGACCUGGCAGGAAACGAAGAGUUGGUCCUCCCAGUGCCUGCCUUCAAUGUGAUCAACGGCGGCUCCCACGCUGGGAACAGGCUGGCGAUGCAGGAGUUCAUGGUACUUCCUGUGGGGGCGGAGUCUUUCCGUGACGCUCUGCGGAUGGGGGCGGAGCUCUACCAGACCCUGAGGGACGUCAUCAAGGAGAAGUACGGUCAGGAUGCUACCAACGUGGGGGAUGAGGGAGGGUUCGCCCCAAACAUACAGGAGAACAGGGAAGCCCUGGAGCUGAUAAAGACAGCCAUAGAGAAAGCGGGCUUCACAGACAAAGUGGUGAUCGGGAUGGACGUCGCUGCUUCAGAGUUUUUCAGCGAGGGGAAGUACGACCUGGACUUCAAGUCUCCGCCCAACGCCGCUCGCAACAUCAGCGGAGAGGAGCUGGCCAGCAUCUACCAGGGCUUCAUCAAGGACUACCCAGUGGUGUCUAUUGAGGAUCCUUUCGACCAGGACGACUGGCCGGCCUGGUCAGAGUUCACAGCCUCAGUGGGAAUCCAGGUGGUGGGAGACGAUCUGACCGUCACUAACCCCCGCAGGAUCCAGAGAGCCGUCGACGACAAGGCCUGCAACUGCCUGCUGCUCAAAGUCAACCAGAUCGGCUCCGUCACCGAGGCCAUCAAGGCGUGUAAGCUGGCUCAGGAGAACGGCUGGGGAGUGAUGGUGAGUCAUCGCUCAGGAGAAACAGAGGACACCUUUAUAGCUGACCUGGUGGUCGGUCUCUGCACUGGACAGAUCAAGACUGGAGCUCCCUGUAGAUCAGAGCGUCUGGCCAAAUACAAUCAGCUCAUGAGGAUUGAGGAACAGUUGGGUGACCAGGCUCGCUUUGCUGGGCACAACUUUCGCAACCCCACUGCCCUUUGAGUGCCAUUAGCGUUAGCACACAAGCUAAUUAGCACGCUCAACAUAUCAAUCACACUUCAUUUCCCUGACGGGCACAUAGUAAUGAAAUGAUCACAUUUGUUUCCGCAGAGCUUUAACCUCACUAAGACACGAUUAAAAGCAUUAAGACUAAUCAUUUUCAAAUAACUGAAAUGCACUGUAGCUACAGUAUAUUGACCAUACGCUUCAGCAAGUGGUUGACUUUAAUUGACUGCAGCCAGUUGCAGCAAAUCCUGAACAAAGCCUGGAGGAGAGAAAUCAGUGUUUCACCUCCUGGCAGCGAGCACUUUCCCUGAUGCACUCGUUAGUUUCUUUCUCUUCCCUGAUCUCUCAGUCACUGCAGAUGUGUUUUGAUCUUUUGAGCCCUGAUGUUUCCACUCCCUGUUCCUCAUGUCGUUUCUAAUGUGAACCUUCAGCAGCUUGCUACACAAUUGUAUCUCACUUUGUCUGGUUAUACUCAAUAAAGAAAUGGAAACAUAUUCAUUUGAACCAAA